CAGCAGGACUUCCUGGUGGAAGAGAAAAGAAAGAAGUGGGGUAAACAGUGCAGAUGCAGAGAGUGUCAGAUCAAGUUAAAACAGCGAAUACGGAAAAAGACUGAGAAAUACUCCCAUUUCCAGAAAGGAAUGUAAAAGAGAAGGAGAGAGGAGGAAGGAGGAGAGAAAAGGACGAAUACAGUGAUGUCAGCCCAUCCCACUCCUAUUCAGUACAAAUACAGCCGGGCAGGGCUGAGCCUGCAUACCACUGCUGCUGACGACUGACCUGAUCCCACACACACACACACACCAACACCAACACACAAAGACACUCUUACACACUCAUCACCCUCACAAGAGGCGCUGCAGAAACUCAGACCGGGCGCUUGGAGAUGCUACCGGCUGGCAACCGCUGACAACCUUCAGAGCUCAGUUGAUCCUGGACACACAGUGCCUUCACCCCCAGAGGGCCUGACACACUCCUUGGAGCAGCACUCGACAAAGGACGCUACAGUGACCUCCAGCAGCCAGGCCGCACCUGAUCCCACAUCCUCCAAAGAAAAGGGAACCUGACUCUGAAGCAGGAAAAAAGGAGCGAUCAUACCCCUACCGCUGAAACACGACCCACUGGACGGAGAGGCAGAGGGGCCGACGGUCGCCUGUGGCACCUUGGGGAGGUAAAGGAGGCAGGAUGCUGGCUAAAAUCCUCGAGGACAUGUGGGUGGAGCCCGAGGUGCUGGAGGCCCUCAGCGAGGAGCAGAAGAGGAUCCUCUUCUUGAAGAUGAGAGAGGAGCAGGUACGCCGCUGGAGAGUGCGGGAGGAGAGGGAAGAGAGGGAGGCAAAAAACGACAACAGGCCAAAGAAAGUUUUCAAUAAGCACGUGAGCUGGCUGCUCGGCAGAGACGGAGACGUGAGCGUCAGUGUGAUCGGAGAGGUGGACGAGUUCAGGUCCUCCAAACUCCUGCAGAGCCUCAUGAACAACAGAGUGCACAGUGAUAAUAUGAAUGGCAUCCAGACAGCGGACUUGCUGCCAGGAAGAGAGGCCCAGCAGCUCGGCUUUAAAGAAGACAUCCAGCUGUCCCUCACAGAUGUUAACGAUGACCCAGCUUCACCGAGCGGACAGUCGUCCGAGGAGGACAUGGAUUCCUGCAGCGCUGAUGACGACCAGAAGGACCCCGCUGAGGACAGCGACAGUGAAUCAGGCAGCAGCUCGGACAACCACGGCGACUGGGCUCCUCUUUACAGGCCCCAUCUUAGUAGCCAUGGCAACCAGGCGCCGCUGAAAUCCCAGCUGUCAGACACAGAGAGAGCCGGCCCACAGGACAGAGAAAUCGUGUGUUGCGAAGAGAAAAAGAUCCAACACGGAGGCCGCGUGGCGCAGCUCAGGAAGGCUUUCACAGAUGAUCCUCACAGCACACCGCCUACCUACAACAAACCUCCCUUACCUGCCAAACCUGCUCACCUACAGAAAAGAAGCACACCUUUGAUCCACUAGGACUCCGGGGUUGUAUCCACCCCCUGCGAGGAGACAAUACCUGAGCCCAGAGAGGCAAGACUGUCGUGAGAGUGGCCUGGCUGAGGCCACAUAACGCGUGAAGACGAGGAUCCUUACUUGAACCUGAGCGCUGAAUCGAGAUGCACUUUGUUUCGAGGGCCGAUCGGGGCGAUCGGAGAGAGAGAAAGAGUUGAAAGCUUUUCAGCUGAAGUCAACCUGAAUGAUAAAAAAACGCAGAAGCUUUGAUGUUGCUGAGUUCAAAUGCGCUCACAUAGUUUCUGUGAUUGACAGGCAGACACAGAGGGAGAACAUUGACUACAGGUGGGAAAAAAAAAAACUGCAACUCAGUGAGUUUUAUUGAAGUUUAAUCAUUCAGAGAUGCUUUCGUGUUGUUUUUAAAAAAGACGUCCAUGUAACAUGUCACUGUCACUGUUUCACCUGCGUGCAGGGGGGGUUUAUGGGAUAUAUUAAAAAGGACUGAAUUCAUGUCAAACCGAUAAACAAACUGUAUCUAUCUAGAAGUGCCCAGUCGCUCACACCUUCACUGAUGAGCACUGACCGACUCAUCAGGAGCAGCCUGAGGUUUGGUGCGUUCAAGGACACUUCAGCAUGCUGUGAAUUACUGGAUGAGCGGCUCUAUCAUCAGAGCUAUUGUGACCCCCACACAACAUGUGCCUUUUAUAUAAAUAUAUAUAUAUAUGUAUAUAUAUAUAUAUAUAUGUAUCACAGAAGAUUGUGGGAUGGACUUACACGGUUUGAUGACGCCAAGAAGAAACAAUAACCGUGAGGUUAAAUUGCUGACUCAUUUAGAAGCGAGGGUGUCUUAAUUCUUCUGUGGAAACAGCCAAAAAAAAAAAAACCCAACAAAACAUCAGAUCACAUGGUCCAUUUACAGAGCCACAUCUCACAACCGCUAUCAGAUGACCGAAAAUCCAUACUCAGGUCACAUGAAAACAAGCAAACCGUCUCCAUGACAACUGAUUCGACCGAUACCAAAAUGGGUGACCGGCUUUCAGAGCUCAUGAAAACCAAAUGUUUAAUUUUUUUUAGGUUCGCAUUUCAGUCGCCGUACGAGCGCCUUACAGCACAAUGACGCAGACACAAACGCCUCCAUUGUUGAGCAUCUUCUCACUUGUUUUAAGGGAAAUCAGUUUGACGGAGCAUGAUCAGGUGAUGAGCUGACGCUUUUUCUAAACGUGACUGGAAAUUUAGAGGGAGUGCGAAUAAAAAAAAGAGUCAGCCAACAAGGAUUUAAACACCCUCACACACACACACACCUCCUCCUCCUCCUCCUCCUCUAGCUUUGAGUCAGCACUUUAACCUUAUUGUUUCAUUAGGGGUUGUAGAGUACAAAUCUAAUCGAAUCAAAAAGGUGUCCCCCGGACAAAUAUUUACACACCGUUCGAUGUCCUAGAUGCAAGAAAAAUAAGUGUUGCCAUCAGAUUAAUUAAUUUUUUUAAGGAUUUGGAGCGUUUGAGCUGUGGUUACUACCUAACUCUUGGGUCAUGUAUUUCUCUUACUUGGUCACUAAUUCAUUGCUAAAACUCUGCUCCUGCUGACAACUUUUUUUUUACCUACUUUUUGUAUUUGCCUAAUGAGUUUGUAUGUCUUUAUUGGUGUAAGAAAAAGAAGAACAAAUUAGUGCAAAA